AUGGACCUGAACAAGUGUACACAGCAGACAAAUAACAUGCUUGUUCAGAUCUUUUUUUCCAAACAGGCAAACGGUUCACGCACUCUGUGGUCCCUAGAUCACUCAUCUCUAUCCCCUCCUCUCCGCAAGCCCUCUUUCACACGCCAGAGGAAUAUCGCCGCCGACGGCUCAAGCCAGCGUCCUCUCCGGCCGCCGCGCUUUGGCCUUCUUUGCGCCCCUCCCUACGCCUUCUCCCCACCCCCAUCCGGCCAGCCCACUCCCCACCCCACGAACUCGAGGGAUAGCUUGCCCCGCCACCGACGGGAUCAGAGAUCUUGGCGGAGGCGCUGGUGGUGCCCGUGCCUGCGCUCUAGAGGAGAAGGGCGGCGUCCAUGGAGUUUGUCGCUGGGGAUAGGGGAAUCAAACGGCGUCAUCGCUCUCAAGGGCCGCGUCCAGGGGCGGAAGACGGCGGCGCGGCAGUGGCUUAUAUGGGGGAGGCACGGAGGAGGAGCGGGGGAUCUGGCGGCCACCGGCGUCCAGAGGCGCGCUGCAGUGGUGCUCCACUUCAACGACCUCCCUCUACAUGGCGAGGUGCCGUUACCAUUGCAGUCAAUGGGAGAAGUUACAAGUGAUAUCCAACGAGCAAUUUGAUAGUUAGUCCUCGCCUGAUUGGGUCCAUUCCUUUGGCAGAACUGACCAGCCUCAAUUAGGCCAUUACUCGUCAGAGUAUUGUUGGACUUGAUCUAGCACCAGUGAGGAGUAAAUUUGGUAGAAAUUGUGAGACUUAAAAUGUUGCAGACCUGAUCCAUGGACUUAAUUAGGAGUAGUUUUCCUAGUUAAGGUCACAGUACACUGACAAAACCAAGCCAUCAGCCAUGCUGCAUGCACGAGCUUUGUACACACACCAUAAGUAGGUUUCAACUUUCAAGAGCUCAGCAGUUGGCGCUACCGAGAAUCGAUAGCCAUCCUGCUAUUUUGUACAUCUUGAAAAAUCGAAGGAUGUAACAAAUAGUAGUUUUCCCCGGGAGACUGCAUAUAUGAAACAUGGGGGCAUAUAUGAAACAUGGGGGCAUGUGAAUCCACUUUUUGAAAAGUUCCUUUUAUGAUCUUAAAACAUGUUUUAAAAAUCGAAACACAAAAUGAUUUCCCAGAUGAUCUCAAAUAUGUGCCCUGGACAUGAGUUUCGUGACGAAACAAUCUUUUAUUUUGUCUCGGCAAAAACGUGAAAUUUUGCAGGGCUAUAUAGCAGUAUAUAUAUGUGACGUAUUUUCAGAAUUUUUUAAUAUUUGGAAAAUGCAUUUCCAACUAGGGUUCACAUGCACCCAGGUUCAAACCGGACUUUUCAUUUUCCCCGGUUCUAUUAGUAACUUUUGGAACUGGAUGUACUUUCGAACUUUUUUUACAUCUAGAAUGAUGAAAGAUUCAAGUUGUGUUUUCCCCAAAUCUAGAUGAAACUUAUGCAUGUCGGUGUAUCUUUUAUCCUUUUUCUGCAUCCAGAAAUUUGAAUGGAUCAAGUAAAACACUCGUAUUUUCGUGAUUCUGGUGCAUCUAUGGUGCAUCUGGAUGUAUUUUUUCUCUUUUCUACAUACAGAAUUUUGAAUGGAUGAUGUAAAACACUAGUAUAUUUGUGAUCUCAGGUUUGGUUCAUCCGGAUGUAUUUUUUUCCCUUUUUCUACAUCCACCGCUGCCAUUUAGUAUAUUUUCAAGUGAAAGGAUGUCUUUUUUUCUAUUUCCUACAUCCAGAAUUUUGAAUGGAUCAAGUAAACACUAGUAUAUUUGUGAUCCCAGGUUUGGUUUCAUCCGGAUGUAUUUUUUUUUUCUUUUUUCUACAUCAACUGCUGCUAUCUUGUACAUUUUCAAUUGGAAUCACAACUUUCUGGCAAUAGUAGUUGUGAACUGGAGGAAGGAAAAAGCGGUGGGGCCCUUC